UCAUGGAACAGUGGCAUGUCCUGGGCUUUCUGUACAAGUUUUGCUUCGUUCCUGUCAGGUCAAUUCAGUGAAGAUAUGAUUCCUACUGUGGGCUUCAACAUGAGGAAAGUUACAAAGGGUAAUGUUACAAUAAAGAUUUGGGAUAUAGGAGGGCAGCCCCGAUUCCGAAGCAUGUGGGAGCGAUAUUGCAGAGGAGUUAAUGCUAUUGUCUACAUGGUAGAUGCUGCAGAUCGUGAAAAAAUAGAAGCCUCUCGAAAUGAGCUGCACAACCUUCUAGAUAAGCCCCAGUUACAAGGAAUCCCCGUAAGUAACAUCACCUUAAACACCGUUAAAUGUCUCUGAGGAAUGUGCAUCACUUGAGCAACUCUGAAGUCUGCCUUGAACUCUGAAUUGUGAGGUCCAACCUUACUGGUCAGUGUAAGCAUGAACAAUAUCUGCCCCUGGUGCCAUAAACCAGGUUUUGACCUUCAGUGGUCUUAUUUCAUUCAGUGCUCACAAAACAUAAUAAAUACAAUUGAGACAGUAGUUCAGAGCAUUCCACAGGAUCAGUUUGUGCUAUUGACUAAAGGUUAACCACAGUGUAGUACAGAAGUGUAGAGUAAGUUUGGGGGAUCUCAGAUGAGUGUGCUGCAUAUGUUCACAGAUUUUUCAGCUAUUCCCUUGCUUGCUCUUGGCACAGAACAGUUUAUUUGUACCCCCUCUUUUGCUGUGACUAGGUCAGUCUUUCUUGAUCUGAUUUAACAGUGUAUAUCUCAUUCCAUUAGACUUAAUAGGCAGAUGCAGACUGCUCAUAAGACUCCCUUGAAGUUUGUUUGGUUUCUGAUUUUGGUUGGGGU